AUGAACUCCAAUGAGAACAUUGAAAAUAACUAUACAGCCAUAAUUACACAAAGAAAUAAAAACGUUCAUAUAAAUGUAUAUCUAUCUAUCUAUCUAUCUAUCUAUCUAUCUAUCUAUCUAUCUAUCUAUUCUAUGCUUACAAUCUAUCUAUCUAUCUAUCUAUCUAUCUAUCUAUCUAUCUAUCUAUCUAUUCUUUGCUUAGAAAUCUAUCUAUCUAUCUAUCUAUCUAUCUAUUCUCUGCUUACAAUCUAUCUAUCUAUCUAUCUAUCUAUCAAUCUAUUCUCUGCUUACAAUCUAUCUAUCUAUUUAUCUAUCUAUCUACUUAUCUAUCUAUCUAUUCUCUGCUUACAAUCUAUCUAUCUAUCUAUCUCUCUAUCUAUCUAUUCUCUGCUUAUAAUCUAUCUAUCUAUCUAUCUAUCUAUCUAUCUAUCUAUCUAUUCUCUGCUUACAAUCUAUCUAUCUAUCUAUCUAUCUAUCUAUCUAUCUAUCUAUCUAUCUAUUCUCUGCUUACAAUCUAUCUAUCUAUCUAUCUAUCUGGGAAAUGUAGCGUUCACAAAAACUGUUGCAUACAUAUAUACAUAA